AUGGUUCCUAAACCAAAUACGGACGAUUGGCGUGCCUGUGGCGAUUAUAGAGCCCUAAACAAUAUCACUAUGCCCGAUCGGUACGCCGUUCCUCAUCUUCAGGACUUUGCUGGAGCUCUUUUCGGCAAAACCGUUUUCUCGAAGAUCGAUUUGGUGCGGGCUUUUCAUCAAAUUCCGAUUGCGGCUGAGGACAUUCCCAAAACGGCAGUGACGACUCCUUUUAGCAUGUUUGAGUUCCUUCGUAUGCCAUUUGGUCUCCGAAAUGCCUCAAAAACUUUCAAACGUUUCAUUGACCGCGUUUUACGCGGCCUUUCAUUUGUUUAUGUGUAUAUUGAUGAUGUUCUCGUUGACAAUCGAGAUGUCGAGGAACAUCUCCAACACCUUACCCUGCUUUUUGACCGAUUUCAGCAGUUUGGUGUCACCCUGCAUCCUGCCAAAUGUGUCCUAGGAGCCACUUCUCUUGAGUUCUUAGGUCACCUGAUAGACUCAAACGGCAUUCGGCCUCUUCCCUCAAAGGUUGCCGCCAUUCGGGACUUUCCACCCCCUACCUCGAAGCGUCAGUUGCAACGGUUUCUUGGUAUGGUGAACUUUUAUCGCCGGUUUCUCCCGAACUGUACCGAUACCAUCCUACCUCUGACCAGUCUCCUCUCGGGUGGUUCUAAGCGCACCUUUGAACUUACGCCAGCAGCACUCACGUCAUUUGGGCAGGUAAAAGCCCUUCUGGCUCACGCCACCCUCCUGACUCACUUCCAUGCUGAUGCACCCAUAUCUCUGACGGUCGAUGCCUCCAAUGUUGCUGUUGGCGCGGUUCUUCAACAAAGUCUGCCAGAUUCUACUGUGCCUUUGGCUUUCUUCUCCAAGAAACUAGCCAAGGCCGAAGCCCGCUAUAGCGCAUUCGGACGUGAACUUCUCGCUGCAUAUCUUGCCGUAAGGCACUUCCGGCAUUUACUCGAAAGUUGA